AACGCCGGGAAACGGAAACAAACAUUAUACGGAAUGCCAUGAUUCUUUCUAGCAGCACAUGAGCCGGUGGACUACAGCUCCCAUGAUUCCGCGCGGUGUGCAGUUAACUUCCUGAUAAGUUGAGGGUAGUGAUACAAGGUGCAAUGGACAGAAGGUGUUUCAGUUGUGUAAGCAAAUUCUCAGUCUUCAAAAAAGAGUGUGGCUGUAAAUCCUGUGGACAUUCAUUCUGUGCGGGAUGCCUUGGAUUCAGUGCAGUUCUACCUACGUAUGGUAACACCAAGCAAAAGAUCUGCAAGAAAUGUUAUGAAACUAUUAGCAGUGGAGUGGGAACAACAAACAAUGCAUCCAAGUGGUCUCCACCGGAGAAUUACAAGAAGAGAGUGGCCGCAUUAGAAGCCAAACAGAAUCAACAGAAUGCGAUGCAACGGGGCCCAGGAUCACUACACGUUGGUGCAAAUAUGAAGUAUCAGGGGCUGUCGCCAGAAGACCGAGCUAUAGCAGAACGACUGGAGAAACUCAAACAAGAGACCAAACCUAAAACCAUUUGCUCAACAGCUGAAAUAGAAUCCAGGAUAGAGGCAUUGCGGAAGGAAACCCAGCCACCUGCCCCGUCUGUGCAGGAAAUGGAGGAUCGGCUCGCUAUAUUACAAGGGAGGAUGCCACCAUCCGGCACAAGCAAGCCGAUACACCAACCAGCCGAUACCAGGACUCAAACACAAAAGGUUGAUGAGUUACUAGCACAACUGACAGAUGAGGUAGCCAUAGAUAAUCAGUGGGAUCCAGCUACUCAGCCACCAGAAUCCACUGCUCAAGCAACUAUUAACAACCUGAGCAGAGCUGAUGAGCGGGAUUGCUGGCCGGGUCUUAAUAUGGAAUUGAAUGCAGAUCAGUUGGACAAAGAGAAGGACAAGAUUCUGAAAGAAGCAGCUGCAGAAUUACGAGAUGAGAAUACAAGGCAGGAAAAAAUGUUAGUGAUUGCAAAGAGACUGGCAACACUACAAGGAAAAGAUCCAGAUAAAGUAACCUUGGACAACUGCAACCUGUAUGACAGCGAUGAAGAAACAGAGGAAGAAGCUGUACAAAGGAUUCUAAAGCAGCUCUCUGAAGAAGUAAUUUUAGAUGAAGCGAGUGGAUAUAAUAUUCUCCCUGACCAGAGCAGAACUGUGGAUAACAGCAGAGGAAGGCAAGCAGCAAAUAAACUGCUCCCGGCAGAAAUGGCCACAGUUCCGAUCCAGCCAGCUAGAAGCGCAGCGGUAAAACCCAUACAGCCAGACAGCGAUGAGGAUGAGCUGCCCUGGUGCUGUAUCUGCAAUGGGGAUGCUGCCUUACGAUGUCAUGACUGUGACGAUGAUCUGUACUGCAAGAGAUGCUUCAGGGAAGGACAUGAUGAGUUUGACCGAAAGGAACAUCAGACAUCUCCUUAUCGCCCUCUCAGAAAGAAGAAAGGAAGAUAGAACAAUUGAAGUAAACUAUAUAUUUUGAUCCUGGCACUGACAUAAAUUUGGUAAAGACAAUGCCUAUCCCUCCGUACAUACACAGUUCCGUUAGUAAUGCAGUGUCAGCAGCACCUGCAAAGAAGAUUUUCAUAUUAUGUGUAUCAUUAUCAUUAUUACAUUUUAUUUAUAAGGCUCCACAAGUGUUUUGCAGCGCCGUACAAAGGACAGUACAGGGAGACAAAAUGUAGCAGAUUAUUCAGUGUAACUGUACUUACAAAUGGAGCGUAACUCAUAGGUAUCAGCACUUGUCAUUUUACAAUGCUCGUGUGUCUGAAAUCUGAUAUGUAUUAUGUCUCGUUUACAACCCAUUUUACAUCGGUGGUCCCCUCUGAGAGACCGACUCAUAUAUUUAAGGCCCCUUUUUCACCGUCCGAGGUUCCUGGCGCAUGUUACAAGCUACUGUUCGGUACUGUAUUGUAACUGGCUCCGAAUCUUCAGCUUUGUAUUAAUUAUUAACAGAUACCUACAGCACAGAUUCCCGUGCUAUAAUUAUUUAUGAGUAACCGAUAUCUUUCAAAGCACACAAUGCACAUGAGAGAUUCACAUAACUGAACGUCUGAUGUUUCAACCAAGUUUUAUUUGCAAGCCAGGACAUAAAUUGAAAUAAAUGGAUAAUGCAAAUAUAAUAAAAUUCAUAUGCGCCAAUAAGUGUAAUUUCUGAAUGUUCUAAUAUCAGAUCACAAUAUAUUGUGUGUAAAUCUGGCUCUGGUACUAGCAGGACCUCCUGAGCCAUUUUGCUCACCGCACGUCCCUGAUACUCCAUACCUGUAAAGUGAGCUGCUUUCUACAAAACACUAAUAUCUGUACAAACCUGAAUAUCUCAUAUCAUGCCAAACUGAUCUAUGUGCAGUGUCUCAUAUUAAACUUUUAUAGAUGUCCAGUAAA